CGCAACACCCACCCUCCCAGCUGGGGGAUGUCGGGAAGGGGAGCUGGAGCCGUCCCUCUGCCUUGGGAAGGGGCUGUCACCCACGCUGGCUCUGGGAUUGAGGGUCCUGCGGUACUUCCCUGCAAAGCUGGAGGGAUACCAGGCGUUCCUAUCCUGGCUGCAGGGCAGAGGAGCUGGCUGGGGACCUAGGGUUCCCCCCCUCUAACGGGGUAGAUGCUAGGGGCACCCCAGGCUAUGGGGCAGAGAAAGUUUGACGGAGGAAGGCUUACUGUUUAAGAGACAAGGGUAGGAUCAGAACUGCUCACUCAUCUGUAGGACAAGGCAGGCUGUGUGGGGGCUGUGGGGACGCCUGUGUGCUUCCUCUGCCCCAUGAGAAACAGAAUGGAGGGAUCAGGGCCUUGAAGGCCCCUUUGGGGUGGCCUCAGAGCCAGGACUGGACCAUCUUCCUUUCCACAGCUUCCUUUUUCCGAAGAAAGCUCAUCCUUUCCUGAAGUCCUUAGAGGUAUCACUUUGAGUGGCAGCAACUCUGUCCUAGAGGGGUGCCCCUGCCAAUGCCAGUAACCCCCCCAUUAUCCUUCCUUACGUAGGAUGUUAAUUCUUCUACACCUUUACUCAAGAUGGAGAACUUAGAGGGGCUCUCUGUUUGCACCUCCCCUCAGUUCCUCUGGCUGUGAUGUCCUGGUUCCUGUCGAGGCAUGCACGCUCACCCAGGGAUGGGAGAAACAAGUGAAAUGUCUGAUUCGAGUGGUAUUUAGGAAGAAGAGGCUGGUGGUGAGGAAGUAGAUGCUCCCUAUAAUGUCUUGGGAGCAAGGCUGCCAUGGGGAGAGGGGGUCUGCCUCUCUGUGAAGGCUCUCACAGGUGCUUUUCACAUCUGAGGGCUCUUCACAUUUGCUCUCGUUUUCCUUAUGUGAAUCCUGCCCUUCCCCUCCUAGGGUACACACACAAUCUAAAACGCUUAGUUGGCUUUAAAUCCUGCUAGACCACUUAAAUAUUUCUAAUGUGCUUUCACUCAUCUCUCUGUCAGUGUGCUGACUCCUUCAGGUUGGCUGGACAAUCCGGGUCUGUGGCAAGUGAAGAGAAAGCAAGGAGCACUCAGCGUUCCUCCUCUGCUCCUCAUGGGGGAGGAAAAUGCUGUGCUUUCCCUGGGUUAUUUUGUCUCCUGAUUGCUGCUGUCUCUUAUUUGAAGGUCUUGGAUGUGCGCUCAGCUGAUGGUCUUGGGCACCAUCUCUCUUCUGCUUUGGUGACUUUUGAGCUUUGACUUGGAAAGCUCAAACCAGGUGAACCGGUCUGGGAGGCAGCCGGUCCUACCUAGACAAUACACUCCAUCGUAGAGUUUUUGGCAGUGUUCUCUCCUGCUCCUAACUGCCUACUUGGCAAAUAUCCGGCUGUGCAGGAGCCGUGUUACCAUCCCCAAAUACCCUGUGUGCCGGUUAUUUCCAGGGACAGUUACCGAUAGGUCUUGGGCAACGUGACCACAAAAGGUGGAGGUGGGAUGUGCUGCAUCCACGGUCGCUAGACAGGAAGCUUCCUUUCUUCUUUUUUGUCUGAGCUUUGAGAGACCUUCUCGUACAGAUUCUUGGCUCUCUCCUUUCUUUACCCUGACAAUCUGGCAAAAGAAGGCUCUGUAGAGAUUUGGACGCUGUGUUAGCUUCCUUUUCCAUGACACUUUGUGCAUUUGGUCACUCAGUUGUAUUAGCUUUCAUUUGGUGCUUUUGAUCCCUCUGAAUUUAGGGUGGUAGAACUGGUAAAUAUUGUUUUGUCUUUCCAAUGCUAUCCUAUAGUUUUUGCAUUGGAAAUUCUCUCCCCAGUGAUUUCCUGAAGAUGCUUUGGCAGGGUGGUCUAAUGUGUUGUCAUCUGUGAUGUGGUGUUUAUUUCCUGCUCUUUGGAGAAAUGGGCAGCCAGUGUCUGGUUGGGGCUAUUUAAAUGCUGUUCUAAAAGGGGAGAAACAGUCUGCUAGAAGUAAAUAUGUUCUGUGUCCAAAGGGGCACUGAAGUUUCAUGGAUAUGCUUUCUGUUGCAGUGUCAAUAACCCACACCCUGUGAUGAUCUCGUGAGCAGUAUAACACAGGUAGCACAGCCAUUGUACCGUACACCGUUAGUCAUCCAUUGUACCAGAUGCUGAACAUUCAGGUAACAAAGAGCCUGUCCCAAAGAACUUAAACUGAGACUGAAUGGGGGAGUUCAGUCAGUCUGGGAGCACAGUGUCAGCUUAGAUCAGCACAAGAUUCUUUGUUUGGGAGUGUCUGGGCUCUGAGUCUUUAAAAAACUGUUUUGGAGGUGGGACCCUCUGCCAUUAUAUCAGCCAUUGGCCGAUUGCUUCAGAACCCCAGGAAAGAGUUUCCUCACCCAGCACUGGCUGUCACAUCCCCUCCUCUCUCUCUAACGUGCAUCAUUCAUUGGUCUCGUGAAGUUCAGGCCUUUGCAGGCAAAUCAAAGCAGUUGCCCAUUGGCAGCCUGUGGGUCUCAGCGCAGCGAAGAGCAGCGAUGUCCUGGCUAUCGCGAGACAGUGCGAGUUUGGUACUGGUUAUGGGAAAGGCUCUGCUGGCUCCUUUUCUGCAAGGAGCUGCCACAAGUCAUUGGGAAACAAUGCUGAUCUGGAGGGGUUGUUUUUCUUACUCCUGAUUAUCUGCUUGCUGUGGCCAUCCAUGGAGGUGCCUCUGCUUAAUAGCUGUGCUGACUUCUGGAUGCUCAUUAGUCAUCACACUCUAUCCUACCACCCUGUUAGUGGGUAAACACAGCCUUUUCAGCACUUCCAGCCAUGAGGGACAGGUGCUGCAGUGGUGAGCCCACUCCUUGCUGGGCUACUCUGCCAGGAUCUCUCUAUGCUGUGGUUGUUUCCAGUCUCUGCCCUGGAUCUCUGCAUCUCUUCCGUGCCAGCUGGACCUGUUGCUUCUGCCUCCUCCUCAUCAUCUGGUUCCCAGCGUGCUUUCCAGCUGUACCAGGCUGCCAUCCCUCUCCUACACGGCGGGGCUCUGCUCGUUUUACUGCCAGGCACCAUCUGCAGCUCCUAGAAACCAGACCAGCUCUAUUGACCCACGAGGAACUUGUUUCUUGUGUACCAGCUCAGAAUGGGCCUUUGUCUUUGCCGUGGGUCGCGGGACUUGUUUUUCAGAGAUGGUUUUCCAGGGUGAGGUGGCUGUGAAUAGUUGCCCAAAUGGAGGUAAUAACUCAGAAUCCCUGUCUCACAUCCAGAGUCUGCAAAACCAGCGAUUAGCACUUGUCUAGUAGCUCCUCUCUGAGGUGAUGUUCCCCAUGCAGUGUGUGGAGCCCUCAGGCUCCUGUUCCAUUAGCCCCACUCCACAGAAUGGGGAGCCAAGGAACUGAGUUGUGGUGACUCAUUUCAGGCCACAUAGGAAGUAGUUGAUUAAGCUGGGAUUUGGACCCGAGUCAAACCACAUACUGUACCAGACAUUCCAAUGCCCUAGCGUAGGCUAUGAUCCUGAGAGCCAGCAUGGGGUUCAAACCCUCAAGUGUAUUUGUGGAGGAUCCCCAGUGUCACUGUCCUUCCCUGUCCCACAGGCCUUGGAAAGGUAAAUUCCCAAAACUGGAAGUCCCCUCAAUGGAAAAGAGAGUGAACAUCAGCAGGGAGACUGAGACACGUGGUCACUUGGAGUGAAUCGAUGGCGCAGAAAAGAGCAGAUCUAAAAUCCCAGUUCAGACUGGAAAGGGCCUCAGAGUUUAAACAAGGCUUCUCUUUGCUGCUGCAAAGAACAGAUCUGUAUCUGAAUGUGGGACUUUGGAUCUAAGGCUUUUAAGUUAGAAGGUUUUUGAAGUUACUUUUGGUCUUAUAUUCAGCUCCUGAGAGCAGACAAGAAUUGUGACCCCAGCCUAAGAUGAGAUUAUUCGUGGGACCUCUUUUUGUAGUGUCUUGGGUUUGUUUUUUUUUUCUUUCCCCUUCCUGCAGCAUUCAACCUGUCUAUGGAGCACAGCAUCCUCCCCUGGAUUCCCAGCUCACCAAAAACUUUGUCAAGGACCGCUCCAAGGCCGGCGCAUUGCCUAUGAAAAACAAGAAGGCCUCCAGCUUUCAUGAGUUUGCCCGCAGUACCAGCGACGCCUGGGACAUCGGUGAUGACGAAGAUGACUUCUCUUCCUCCUCUUCCUCUUUGCAAACUCUGAACUCUAAAGUGGCCAAGGCCACAGCAGCCCAGGUUUUAGAGAACCACAGCAAGCUGCGGGUUAAACCUGAGCGGGCCCAGUCUACUCUCGGUGACAUGCCCACCAACUGCAAGGUCAUCAAGUCCAGCAGUGAGGCCCAGCUCUCCAGGACUUCUGAGGAGGCCUGUGUGCGGACCCCCCUUCAGAAGCAGCAGUCCCUUCCCCUUCGACCUGUCAUUCCACUUGUUGCCCGAAUCUCUGACCAAAAUGCUUCUGGUGCUCCCCCCAUGACUGUGAGGGAGAAAACGCGGCUGGAGAAGUUUCGACAGCUCCUUUCCAGUCACAACACAGACCUGGAUGAGCUGAGAAAAUGCAGCUGGCCUGGUGUACCUAGAGAGGUCCGGCCUGUGACAUGGCGUCUCCUCUCAGGCUAUCUUCCUGCAAACUCGGAGCGUCGAAAGCUGACUUUGCAGCGCAAGCGGGAGGAGUACUUUGGCUUCAUUCAGCAGUAUUACGAUUCCCGGAAUGAGGAGCACCAUCAAGACACCUACCGACAGAUCCACAUUGACAUUCCAAGGACCAAUCCACUCAUUCCCCUCUUCCAGCAGCCACUCGUCCAGGAGAUUUUUGAAAGAAUCCUGUUUAUCUGGGCCAUUCGACACCCAGCCAGCGGCUAUGUACAGGGAAUCAAUGACCUGGUCACUCCAUUCUUUGUUGUGUUCCUCUCUGAGCAUGUUGAGGAGGAUGUGGAAAACUUUGAUGUGACAAACCUGUCGCAGGAUGUUUUGCGGAGCAUCGAAGCUGAUAGCUUUUGGUGCAUGAGCAAGCUGCUGGAUGGGAUACAGGACAACUACACCUUUGCACAGCCAGGGAUCCAGAAGAAAGUCAAAGCUCUAGAGGAGCUAGUCAGCCGGAUCGAUGAGCAGGUACAUAAUCACUUUAGGAAGUACGAGGUCGAAUACCUGCAGUUUGCCUUUCGCUGGAUGAACAACCUUCUUAUGAGGGAGCUGCCUCUUCGCUGUACCAUCCGCCUCUGGGAUACCUACCAGUCGGAACCAGAAGGAUUCUCACAUUUCCACCUGUAUGUCUGCGCUGCCUUCUUGAUCAAGUGGCGGAAGGAGAUCCUAGAUGAGGAAGACUUCCAUGGCCUUCUGAUGUUGUUACAAAACCUGCCCACAAUACACUGGGGUAAUGAAGAAAUUGGACUCCUGCUCGCUGAAGCCUACAGACUCAAGUACAUGUUUGCAGAUGCCCCCAAUCAUUACCGCCGAUAGGUGCCCAGACUUGACUCACUCCUCUCUCCCAUGCCCGCUCCGUCGUCCUGGCCCGAUCUGAUCACUGUGGCAUUUUUGUCAUCCCAAGUCCUUGGACACUCCAGCUGGGAGCUGAUCCUUGCUGUACAGAGCUCACAUCAACUCUUAACUCUUAACGUGUGCCUGUCUGCCACUCCAUGCGCCUGGAUGUGCCAUUUUGAUGACUGUCAGUAUUUUACACCGUGCUGGAGGCUCAAGCCAGGAAGGGAGGCCUUAAGGGGCUGGAGGAGACCAUGGAGGGAAGGUUUACAGAUAAACCGGAGCUGAAGAUGCAGCCUUUCUGUCCUCUCCACUCCCUGUCCUGGGCUUGUCUGCCUCACGUUAACCUGCACCACGUGCGCUACCCCAUCUGCUCCUUUCUCUCUUCUGACACUGUUUGCGCCAUCUCCCAGACGAAAAUGCCUUAUCAGAGACCUGCCUGGCCGGAAAAUCCUUCCCCACGAGGGUGGCAGGGCAAGAAGUUUCUCUCAGGGCCUACCUUCGCUCCGAGGGUCCAGAGACCCCAAGCACUUUGUGGGUUCACAAGAGAGUCCCUCAUGCCUGCCCUCUCUCCUUCUCUCCAUCCUCUUCACCUACCUCUCCCCCAGGGCAGCAGGGCAGGCAUGACAGGGGCGAUGAGCACUCCAUCCACAUACAGUUCGAAUUAUGCGUGCCAGCUUGAUGGAACUUUUGGUGACUGAUGUUCUGUGAGUACAGCCCCCUCCAGUGUGUGGGGGAGGUGCAGGGCGGGGCUGGUAGGGGAGCAAUAUCUCCCAAAAGCCCCCACUCCUCCGGGGUGUUCUGUGUAUAUUGUGUUCUUGUGUAUAUGGGUCAAAGAUGUACAAUAUAUGUCUUCUCUUUGUAGCAGAUUUUAUAUUUAUAAUGUGCACCCCUUGUUCUCCCCAUCCUCUCCAUGCCCGAGAAGGAUGCCUGACUGUGGUGUCACAGGGCUUUUGGACCACUCUGGAGGUGGGGGGGUGUUUCAGACCUGCAGGUAAUGUCUGUCCCAGUAUGUGCUUGCAGUGUUGGGUCUGCCAGGAAGAGGUGCCAUAGAAAUACAGAUCUCAAGGCAUCCCCUAUAGACAGAAUUUGGGUGGUUAGAGGAGAUGGGAGCUCCCAGCAGGAAGCAGGGCAGAGCUGUGUCCAAGAAACAGGGUAUCCAGGCUCAUCAGCUGCUGGCAAGUGCCUCUCUGAGCACUGCAGGGUGGAGACCUGCCAGUGCUGGCUGGCAGGACUCUACAGGGAGGAAUAAUCCUGGAUCCAGCACUGGCUGUCCCUGACGCUGUCCAACUCUGUGGACACAGCCUCCCAGGAAUGGCAAAAGGAUCUGGCUGGCCUUUCUGCAUCUGCUUUUAAAUCAGGCAGGCUGGGAAUGUUUUAAUGCACCAUUUUCUUCCCAUGGGCAGAAACCAUCUGCCACGUGUGAAAGGCUGGAGUCAGGAGGGCGUGAGGGUAGGAGGGCAUUAGGCAGGAGGCCCAAUCUGGGCCACCUUGGGUUUCUCCCAGCACUCCUGCUGCGCCAUGAGGGCUGUCUUGGUGCGGAGGCUCUUGGUCCCUCUACUUUCCAUUUCUGUUCCCAGUGGAGAAAAAGCAGGGGGCAGCGAGGCAGGGGCCCAGCAUGUGACAGGCACAACCUUGUUGCCAAUAAAACUCCAAACAGUAUCUCAAGAAAUCACUUUCCUAACCUGGAGUUGUUUCUCUCAGGCAUUUGUCUGUGUGUACCUUUUGUUGUUUUCUCUGAGAAACAGACCCGGUGGUCCUUAGUUGAACAUGAAUUAAAAAACAAAAGAAAAAAACCAAACGAACCAAAAAAAACCCCACCAACACCCAACCCAACAGCAAAAACAUCAACACAACUCCAACCAUCAACUGAGCUGUGUGGGUCAGGCAAGUGUUUGCAGUGCACCACUGCCUGGAGGAACAUGAGCCUGUGCAGGGAAGGAAAAGUGCAUCUCAGGGAAGAGAGACAAUGCAAGAGCCAUGCUGAGAUGAGAAACUCUCCCCAGGCACGUGACAGGUAUCAACCCAGCUGCAGGGUCUGUCCUGCUGCCUCCACAUCCCAUCUGCUGGCAA